CUAAACUUGUGCUACAUGACGCCAGUAAAUAAAUUAAAUUGAUUGACAAAUCCAUGUGUAUGGUAAUUAUUUAUUUUUGUAAUGUCAUCUUAAGUACUCGAAUGAUAGUAUGAUAACCUUUGUUGUUUAUUCUUACAGUAUAAAAUAUAUUGUUAUCUAAAUACUUGAACGUGGAUCAUUAUUCAUGUCUAAUUUACUACUUCGUUCUACUAAUUCGUACUUCUUGCAGCAGUAGCUUAUACCGACAGACCUAGAUACUACGCCGCAGUACAAUUUGCCCGCUUACGUAACAAUAUAGGUAAUCGAAAGGAUUUUAUUGUGUUACGAGCUAGUCAUGUUUAUUCGUAUAUUUUACUUGUAAACUUAUAGUUGUAUCUUUAGGUUGUCAACUCGUUUCUAAGAGUUGUAUAGGUACCCACUAAUCAAAAAUAAAACAAUGUUUACGUAUCCAAAGGAGCUCUUUAUUAUCUAACACCAUACAAUCUAUGCAGUAUGCAGGUUUGAAAUCUACAAAGUUUAUUUAUCAGUAUCAUUGUUAACUUGGUGUGAGGCACUACUCUCAAUUUGUGUGCGAGGUAAAUUAAUUAAUUUCGAAAUGAUAAAAUCAUUAGCGUCUUUUGUGAAGUUAGUAAAUAAAAGUACUGUGUUUUUGGAACAAGUUAGAUAUGCGUCACAAGCUUUGCCACAGUUAUCUUCGGAAAAAUACAAUAUUCGUAGAAAAGACUUCGGUAAGAUCGAGCCAUCAGACGUGGACUACUUCCGAUCCGUACUCAGUGAAGAUCGAGUGCUGACUGAAGAAAGUGAUGUUUUACCUUACAAUGUAGACUGGAUAAAAAAUUGCAGAGGACAAUCAAAAGCUGUACUAAAACCAAAAAAUACUGAAGAGGUGUCAACUAUCCUAAAGUAUUGUAACGAGAGAAAACUGGCAGUAUGCCCGCAGGGUGGCAACACCGGACUCGUUGGCGGAUCCGUGCCCGUAUUCGACGAAAUUGUAAUAAGUUUCGCACUGAUGAACAAAAUCAUCGACCUGGAUGAUCUUUCAGGAGCUUUAGUUUGUGAAGCCGGUUGUGUUCUGGAGAAUCUAGACAACCAUGUACGCGAACGUGGGCUUAUAAUGCCUUUAGAUUUGGGCGCAAAAGGGACUUGCCAUAUUGGUGGGAAUGCCAGUACUAAUGCAGGUGGCUUGAGGUUACUGCGAUAUGGUAACCUGCAUGGAUCAAUAUUGGGUGUUGAAGCUGUAAAAGCUGACGGCACCGUCAUAGACUGUCUUAGAUCGUUAAAGAAGGAUAACACAGGGUAUCAUCUAAAGCAUCUCUUCAUAGGAUCUGAAGGGACCUUAGGACUAGUCACUAAAGUAGCUAUACACUGCCCUGUGCUCCCUAAGUCGGUGAAUCUGGGCUUCUUCGGUGUUAAGAACUUCGAAAAUGUUUUAAAAUUAUACAAAAGUGCUAAAUCUAAGCUGGGUGAGAUAUUAUCGGCCUUUGAAAUGGCCGAUUUUGACUCUAUCAACUUUACUGCUAAGAACCUGAAGCUACCAAACCCUAUCUCGGAUUAUCCGUUUUACGUGUUAGUAGAAACACACGGGAGUGAAGAAACUCAUGAUGGCGAGAAGCUGACGCGGUUUCUAACGAAUGAGAUGGAGUCAGGACUUAUUUUGGACGGAACUGUUACCUCGGAGCCCGCUAAAAUGCAGACAAUCUGGAAUCUACGUGAAAGCAUAGCGGCAGCAGGGUUAGUCGGCGGCUAUGUAUUCAAAUAUGAUGUAUCUAUACCGUUGAAGAACUACUACGAUCUUGUCCCUAUAUUAAGAAAAAGACUCGGCGAUAAGGCCGUCAAAGUUUUCGGCUACGGACAUGUCGGUGACGGGAACAUACACAUUAAUGUAACAGUACCACAAUAUACCAAAGAAGUGUCUUCUAUGCUAGAGCCAUUCAUUUUUGAAGAAGUGAGCAAACUGAAUGGCUCUAUCAGCGCAGAACAUGGUAUCGGCUUUAGAAAACCCAAGUACAUACAUUACAGCAAGGACCAAUCUGCGUUAGGACUUAUGAAGGACCUCAAACAACUGAUGGACCCUAAUGGAAUACUUAACCCUUACAAGGUCUUGCCUGACCAUAUUUAGCAGAAAGGUGUCAUUCAAAGGCAUAUCUUAAGUACAUUACAAUAAUUAUAGAUUACGGGGUUGCGUAAUAUGUCAUAAUACAUAAGUACAAGUCGCGCUGAUAACGGACGCUUUAAGAUACGAAUAAAACAAAACAAAUAUUAUUUAAAUGACUUUUAUUAA